GAGUCUUCGCUGAUAAACUGUACUAUAUUUUGACCAUACAUUUCAAGUGGAUGAGUGGUAGGAUGGCUAUAAGUACUGUCAUCUUUGAGAAAGGAGAGGCGUUUGACGAUGAGCUGGAGUAGUUUGUGAGCAUUUUGCAGGUCUGAAGUACCGAAGCGGUGUCACAGCCAAGCGUGUCGCAUCAGAUGCGCUGCCCGCCAUUUGAUCCUAAAAUCGGGUGAUCGACCCUGAGGUAAUCGAUUGGGUAACGAUGGCAACCGGGUCACAGCCACUUUUGACCUCCCAUUGGCAUCUCCCUUCACAAUCUACGCACGCAGCCCAUCGCAAUCGCCCGAGAAGAUCUUCUGCAAUGACCACAACUACAAAAGCAAAAACGCCACUUCGGCUAGACGAGAACGCUCUCCUGCACCCGGUCCUCGUCCAAUCCCCGGUCUCUCCUACACCUACUGCCACGUCGAAUCCGAUUGGGAGCGACUUCCGAGCGACGGGGACAACUCCGAUAUUACAGCAGGGCUCCUCCGCAACUGGCCUGCCCUCCGCUGGCGGUUCCACUCCAACGCCACUCUCCGCCAAACGGGUGUCAUUCCCACCGCCUCCGUCCUCUGCACCUCGCACCCCAACAACCCCCACUGGUUUCGGCGAGCUGCUCAGCAGCACGCGGCCCGCGCCCUCAUCACCCGGCCUGUCCCGGCGCACCUCCCUCGCCCGAUCGUCGUCCUCCGCCUCUGUGCGGAGCGGGUCCGCCAGCGCGAGCCACAGCCGCCGAACCUCGAAAGUGCUGGCGGGUGUUAGGCAUCGCCUGAGCCAGAGCAUCAGUGCUGCGGACGUCACGGGCGUGGCGACUGCCAGCAUGCCUGCGGACGGCGCCGGCGCGGCGGACGAUCUGGUGGUGACUGUCGCCUCCUCACCCGAGGGGAUGCCGGGCUCCGCGCAGGCCAUCGCGGCCCGCCGCGCACCCAUCGUCAUCCGCGACUUUGCGUUCGACGGGAAGGAUCCGCGGCACGCGGGCCAGGGCCCGGACGUGCCCCGCCUGAACGACCCGCGUGUGCUGCGCCGGCGGCUGCUGGGCGAGAGCCGGCAGUCGGAUUACGGCCCGGGCGAGGACGACGUGGACAUCGACGAGGACGAAGACGGGGUCGACAACGGCUGGGGUGGCCUCGGUCGGUUCGGCCUGUGGGGCACUGUCGGGUCGUCGUCAGGAUCGGGGUCGCUGCCCUCGCCCCGGCCGGACGUGUCGUCUGCUGACCUGGCGCGCAACUUUGCUGCCGACGACGAAAACGAUGACGAACCGUAUGACGACUACGCUGAUGUUCCUGUCCCCCCUGGGCUGUAUCAGGCACAGUUCGCUUUCGAGCCGGAGGACACGUCGGAGAUGUCACUGGUUGAAGGGCAAAUUGUGCGAGUCGUCGAGAGCAGCGGUGCUGGUGCCGGAUGGGCAGUGGCAAUAGCUCGCACGCCACCGCUGCUGAUCCCGGACAUGGAUCUGCUGGCAUUGAACCGACUUGUAGGCGCCAGAGAGGACGCCGGUGCCAUGUGGGGCGAACUUUGGGAACAAUAUGUCGGACAGCCGAACAAAACGGAGCCGGGGCCGGACCGCAGAGCGCUCGCACCUGAGAGUUUUCUGGUGUGCAUCCGGAGAGAUGGCGAGCUGGAGGACGGCGGGGCAGAACGGCUGGCGGCGUAUCUGGAGUGGGUGGAGCAAGAGCGUGCGAGGCAGGAAGCAGAGGAUGCGGGUCAUCAGGACGAGCUCAACGCUGAGCAUGCUUAGCGUCAUUGCCUCUGUCUGUCUGCAGGGUUAUUCGGCUUGGGCUGGACAGGCCGCUCUGCGCGACACGACGCGCGGCAUGCUGUGUGCUAUUCGGAUUCCCUCGCAAAGGACGGAAUGAUGGCUGUCCCUGUCCUGUCUGUCUGUCUGCUUUCGAGCAUCUGUUUCAAACUCAUAGACCCUGCUGCCGAAACGACGACGGACAUGUCUCUUCAUAGACUUUCGUGGUAAUAUGCACUUGGGCUUUUGCCAUCUCACCGCAGCUGUAUUAUAUCAUCACAUAACAGCACUGUUGUACAAUUCAAUUAUCCGUCUCGACAUCUGAACGAGGGUUUUUCGCCAAGUAGCAACCCGUAGCUCGCGAAGUCUCACGCAUGGGCGAGCGCCUCCAACGCAGAAGCAUCCGCACAGGAUUCGAAAAUGGCGUCACUGGGACCCCAAUGGAGCUUUGAUAAAAGCUGAUCUGGCCAUUAGCAUGAGGAGGCAUUACAUACCAGAGUUCGCAAUCACCGCCAGUCGCUGGGCCCCGGUGUCCCCACGAGAACCCAGGGCUGCAUACAGCGCAUGUGGUGCCAGCCUCCGGUUCGGGAGCCACGCAGUACCCGUCGAGGUCGUCCGCCGGAGGAGAAGCGUGCCCAGCAAUCGUUGAGCAAAAUGGACAGAUUGGAUGGGGAGCUGAUCAUGAAACGGUGCCUGCGGGCCUCAUUCUGACUUUUGCAUUUAGGUCGUCCGGCGGCGAACAGGGUGCUCGCGACACGAAGAUCGAGUCUAACAGCGGGGUGGCUCGAUGGCUGGAUGGCUGCUGUAAAGACAUGGGAGUUGGAGGUGGGUGGGGCCAGCGCUUCAUCUUGGAUGCGGGUGGGUCAGCUGUGCGCGUCGGGCCGUGCUGUUAGUAAAACAGCCCUGUCCUCUUCGGGACUGGGGGCCGGGGAUACUCAGGAAAGCGCAGAUGCCGGAGACUUUCGCCAGGAUCUCGCCCGCAGGGCUAGUGCUAUGUCAGCCAGAGAAGAUUCCAAGCCAGCUGACCAGCGCCGAGGAUGGAUAGCUGUCGUCGAUCUGCUUCAAUGGUCUGCUCUUGCUGAGCGUGCAAGUGCCCAAAAGUUGGAUUCGCACAAGAUCACCGUCCAGCACGGUCAAGAGAUGGGGAGUCACACAUCAACGUGACGAUUGUCGGCCUGUAGUUCCGCGCAAACUGGCCUGAAUCCGGCGAUGUUUCGACCGGAAAUACCUGUCCCCCUAGCGUAUCCUGCCUAGACAGGACCUGGCAGGACCACGCAGCAGAUCGGGAUUGCUCGACAUUGAUGCAACUGCCGCACCGCUGAUCGCUGUACUUACUACCGCACUAUCUGAUAGUCUAGCGACGUCAGCCUUUGGGAGGGGGGGGAGACGUCGCAGAUAAGUGUCUGACGACCAUGCGACUAUUCUUGGCACGCGCGACUUAUCCAUGGAGAUCUCACGAUGGCCGACCCAGGGCCUUCCUUGAGCAGAAGCCCCGGAAGUCCCGGGCGGGAGGCGUUUCGCCGGAGCGCAACAGGAUCUGCGGGCGCCAAAGUCGGCCUGGGAACUGGGGUGGAGGAGAAGACGCACACACAGACAGAUACAGGCUCAGAUCUGGUUCUAGACGGGAGUGAUCGGCCAUGACAAAGGGUGGGUGGGAGCUCGGGUUGGAGCUUGUGACAGACCAGGCACGCGCGACAUAUAUACGUUACGUACGCAGAGAUAAGUCCGUCGACAGGAGCGACAUGCAGACAGCCGCCUCCGCGUCGCAGCGCAGCCAUGCAUGAAGCUUGCGGCCCUUAUCCUGCGCAGCCUGGGAUUUUGAAAUCGAAUGGGGGGCGCCAGGAGAACUCUGAACGCCGGCGUGAUUGUGUCGAGCGUGUGUGUGUAUGCUUCUGUUCGGCCAUCCGCGAACUCUCUGCUCUGCACCCAUAAGUGAGGCCAUAUCCGCCGUAAGCAUCUCACGCAUGACGACGUGUCAGACACUUGGACUGGAGCGAACGUCGAAACGACGAGCCAGAGUCCUGUGCACAUGCUUAUCUUCCCCACACGCGCGCCGCUGCCGGUUUGGUCACGGUCCCGUUUUGGGGGAGAGACCCACUUAUCGGCCAUAUGGAAUACGGGAGAUUUGAUCUGCCGGCGCCCAGGCUAGCCAGUCCUGUAACGACAUUUCAAUAAAAAGUGUCUCGCGUCCGCAUAGUUUUUCCCCUCUCCGAGUGCCCGUCCCCCUCCGUCCCCUCCCUCCCUUCCUCCCGCACACGACCCUGACUUUGGCCCGCCCAUGUCGUCGUCCAUCAAGGAUUCCGGCUCUACCUCAGAUCCCGAGAAGGGCUCGUCGCACGGGGACGUCGUCGUCCAUGACCCAACGAAGGAGGAGCUGAACGUCUUCGACGGGGCGGAGGCUGAGCCCGUCGACCCGACAAGCUUUUGGGGCCGCUCGCUGGCCCUCAGCGCCGCGCUCGAGCGCAAGGUGCGCCACCGCCCGCCUCAACGCGCCGUUUUUUUCUUCUUCUGACCCGAUCGAUCUGUUCGCUGCAUUAGAUCGGCAUCGAGGCCCGAGGCAUCCAGCGCGUGCCGGAGGAUCAGCGCCCCGACCACCCGAGCGGCAACUUUUUCGUGUGGAUGGCAGCGAACUGUGUGCUGCCGACAUUCGGGAUCGGGCUCCUCGGCCCCAGUCUCUUCUUCCUCGGGCUCGGGGACAGCAUGCUCACGAUCUUCUUCACGAACGUCCUGACAUGUUUCCUGCCUGCUUACAUGUGCGCUCUGUCUCUUGCCCCCGUUUCCCGGUGCUUUCGGAGGGCUGAUGUGAUGCGUAUCGUGUGAUACAGGGCGACAUUCGGUCCCAAAACCGGGCUGCGACAAAUGACGUCAGCGCGCUUCUCGUGGGGAUGGCACGGCUCCAAGGUCGUUGCCCUGUUGAAUUGCAUCGCCUGUGUUGGAUGGAGGUGUGUUGCUGCGGGAUUGUCGCGUCGGGCCCGCAACGUUGGCUGAUCCCCCCCUCCCAGUGCCGUCAACAGCAUUGCCGGUGCCCAGACCCUCCGGUCCGUCGCGGACGACAAGAUCUCGCAUGCGGCGGGUGUGGUGAUCAUCGCCGUGCGCAGCACCUCGCUCCUUGUCGUUGUUACGCAUCGCGCUGACGUUGUGCGCAGAUUGGGACCCUGAUUAUUGGUCUUCUCGGAUACAAGCAUGUGCACAUCUACGAGAAGUGGUCCUGGAUCCCGACCGCCAUCACCUUCUUUAUCGUGCUCGGGUGUGCCGCGAAGCAUCUGGUCAACGUGCCAAUGGGGACGUGCGUUGUCGUAUUCCGUGUUACCGAUGUGCUGGGACUCAUGAGCAACAUCCGCACAGUGGCCAGGGCGAGGCGUCGAACGUGCUGUCGUUCAUGGGUGUCAUCUUCGGCUUCGCUGCCGGGUGGGUCUCGCUCGCCAGCGACUACAACGUCUAUCAGCCGGCAGAGACGCCGGCGUGGAAGACCUUUGCUUGGACCUACGUGCGUGCAGCCCAAUUCUUCGAUCUUCGCCUGCUUCGGGGCUGAAUCACACCCACGCCCACAGUCCGGCCUGAUCUUCCCCUUGGUCCUCGUGCAGUGGCUCGGCGCAGCGAUCAUGUGUGUCGCCGGGGGCGCCGCGCCGUCGAAUGACGCCUGGACCGCGGGCUACGCCGCGGACGAGGUCGGUGGGCUGCUGCACGCCGUGCUGGUCCCCGUCGUCGGCAAAUUCGGCAAGUUCUGCAUGGUGCUGCUCGUGCUCAGCGUGAUCGCCAACAACAUCAUCAGUACGUCGUGCCCCCCCCACAGCUGUUCGUCACGUGCUAACGCGUACGCGCAGAUGUGUACUCGAUGGGUCUUUCAAUCGCCGUUGUGGGUGUCUGGCUCGCAAAGAUCCCGCGUCUCGUCUGGCCUGUCAUCAUCACCGCCAUCGUAAGUGAUUUGCACGACUCCAGCCGACUGGCUAGAUGCUGACCCGCUGGCACAGUACAUUCCGAUCGCCAUCGCCGGCGCGACGUCCUUCGCGUCGUCGCUGCAGAAUUUCAUGGACGUGCUCGGCUACUGGCUCGCCAUCUUCGUCACCGUCGUUCUCCUCGAGCACUUCGUCUUCCGCAAGAGCGACUACGCGAACUACCACGUCGCUGACACCUGGAACCGCCAGGACAAGACGCCCAUCGGCCUCGCCGCGUGCGCCGCGUUCCUCUUUGGCGCCCUGGGCACUGCCAUGGGCAUGGCACAAGUCUGGUACGUCGGCAAGAUUGGCGCCCUCGUCGGUGGGUCUGCCAAUCCGUUCGGUGGAGAUAUCGGGUUCGAGUUGGCUGCUGCAUUUGCGGGCAUCGUAUUCGUCCCCGCACGUUAUCUGGAGCUCAAGUACAUUGGGCGGUAGACGAGUGUCGUUCUGUACCACUUCUUAUCUAAUCUCCU